GCUCCAAGCAGCAGCUACAGUUUGCCUGAAGUUCCUUGGUGCUUGUUGUACAUAUGGGGGGGCUUCAGCAUUAGACACCCCUCCCCCCCCCACAACCUGUGACCUGUCAGUUCCAUAGACUUCUAUGGGAAUAAUGCACAUGCCUGACACAGGGCUGAGAUCCUGAGGACCCUUCCUAGAAGAAGAAGAAGAGGACUACAAAGUACCAAAAAUGAACAGCAUUGCCUUUGAUGAGAGCUCCUUGGACCACCUGGACCCCUCUCUGUCUCUGCAGGAGAGCAGCGACAUCGACACCGCCUUGCUGAGCGACAUAGAUGAUAUGCUUCAGCUCAUCCACAAUCAAGACCAUGACUUUCCCGGCUUUUUCGAUAGCCCCUUCGGACCGAUCAGUACCCCCACCCAGGAUGCUGCCCCUAAUGUGGACCUUGCUGGAGGUGCAGCACUCAACUCCCUGGAGGGAUUACUGGCGGCACCUACACAUUCGACCCCCAUGAAGAUGUUACCGCUUUCCACCCCCGGUUUCCAAAGCCCACCUACUGUGUCCCAGCCACAGGAGAAUCUGACACAGCAGCUGAAACCUAGGGUACAGAACUUGUUGAAGGAUGAGCCCAUGCAGAUCAGCCCGUCUCCACAGCAGAGCAAACUCCAGCCGGUGCCGCAGCAGAUGCAGAGCAUGGCAUUUGGGAAGAACAUGGUGACACCUGUGCAACCUCUGUAUAACAGCCAGCCUGUGACUGGAUAUGCAGAGCAGACUUCCUACACAGUAGCGCAAAGUGUUCCGUCUCAGCAAAAUACUACAAGCCAGCCUCUGCAGAACAUCUCUGGUCAACCUCUGCUGAACAUCCCAGGUCAGCCACUGCAGAGCAUUGCCACGCAACCCUUGCAGAGCGUUGUAAGCCAGCCGAUUCAGAAUGUUGUGACCCAGGCCCCGACCCUGCAGACUAUAGCUGCCCAACCUCUGCAGAUGCACUCUUCACCCCAAAUCCAGCAUCCCUUGACCAUCAACACCCAGAGCCUGUCUCCCCAUUUCCUGACCACUGCCACCAGCACAGCUUCCAUAACCUCACAAAUCCAGCAGGUUCCGGUUCUGCUCCAGCCUCACUUUAUCAAAGCGGAGUCUCUGCUGCUUACUGCUGUAAAGACUGACACAACGGGGAUGACCGGAAUGAAAACCACACCAACUAGCACCACCAUACAGACCACUCCGCUGCAGACCCUGAUGAGUGGUGGGACCUUUUUAACCACCGUGAUGGUGGACACGGACAAGCUGCCAAUUAACCGUCUAAAUGUCAAUGGCAAGAUGGCCAUGCUGAACAGUAAGGGGGAGAAACGAACUGCGCACAAUGCCAUAGAAAAGCGCUACAGGUCUUCUAUCAAUGACAAAAUUAUUGAACUGAAAGAUCUUGUGAUGGGAACGGAGCCCAAGUUGAACAAGUCGUCCAUUUUGAAGAAGGCCAUCGACUACAUUCGCUAUCUGCAGCAAAGCAAUGUGAAACUAAAACAGGAGAACAUGAUGCUGAAAAUGGCGGCUCAGAAAAACAAUACAUUAAAAGAUCUUGUUGCCGGUCCUGGGGUCAAUAUGGAUGGAAUGAAGGCAGAAAUGAUGGAGGUCCUAACUCCACCUCCAUCGGACGUCGGGUCCCCAUCUCACACUGGCAGUCCCCUAUCUCAGUGUAGCAGUGACUCGGAGCCGGACAGUCCAUUCAACGAUGAAGCCAAGGUGCAGGUCAAGCAAGAGAUGCCUUCUUCUCCCAGUUCUGGCAUGCUGGAUCGAUCCCGUAUGGCGCUUUGUGUUUUCGUCUUCCUAUGUCUCUCCUUCAAUCCGUUAUCCUUCUUGAUGGGAGGAUCCACAAGCCAAAAGGCCUCCGAAAGUUCCACUUUUCAUGGUAAUGGAAGGAGUAUGCUGGAAGUAGGCUCAGAGACGUCUUUUUGGUUAAGUUGGUUAAGCCCUUCUGCUCUUCUCUGGCCCAUCAACCUCAUCAUCGUCCUGGCCGUGUUCAUCCGGCUCUUCAUCUAUGGCGAGCCAGUCACCCGUCUGCACUCGGAAUCAUCUGUCAAGUUCUGGUGUCAUCGGAAACAAGCUGACGUCGAUCUGUCUCGGGGUGACUUUGCGCAAGCCUCACUUCAUCUCUGGAAAGCUCUAAAAGCUCUUGGGAGACCCCUUCCCACCUCCAAUUUCGAUCUUUGCUGCAGCCUUACAUGGAGCAUCAUCCGCUAUGUAUUACAGCGGCUGUGGGUGGGCCGCUGGCUGGCAGGACGGGCUGGAGGCUUCCGUAGAGACCACCAGCUGAAAGAUGACGUGCGCAAGAGCUGCAGGGAGGCUGCCCUGGUUUACCAUCGCUUACACCAGCUGCACAUGACAGGGAAGCAUGCAGGAGGUCACCUCGCAGCCAUCAAUAUGGCCCUCAGCGCAGUCAACCUAGCAGACUGCGCAGGGAACACCCUCUCGGUGGCCACGCUGGCAGAGAUCUAUGUGGGGGCCGCAUUACGAGUUAAAGCAAGCCUGCACCGGCGCUUCCAUUUCUUAGCGCGCUUCUUUCUCUGCAGCGCACGCCAGGUGUGUCUGGCAGAGAGCGUGACCAUCCCUCCUGCCAUGCAGUGGCUUUGCCACCCUCUAGGACAUCGCUUUUUUGUAGAUGGUGACUGGAGUGUGAGGAGCUCUCCCCGAGACACGAUAUACAGUACAGCGGGCAGUGCAGUGGACCCGCUCGCUCAGGUGACCCAGGCUUUCCGUGAACAUCUCCUGGAGAAAGCGUUGUAUUGUGUGGCCCAGCCAGAACAAAGCAAGCCGCUGACAGAAGGAGAGGGUGAGUUCUCAGAUGCCCUGGAAUAUCUGCAGCUUCUGAAUGGUUGCUCAGAUGCUGCAGCUGUCACAAAUCACACCUUCUCCAUCAGUUCCAGUAUGGCCGCCGUCACAGGCACAGAUCCAGUCGCCAAGUGGUGGGCGUCCAUAAUUAUUGUGGCUAUUAACUGGCUUCAAGGAGAUGACGAGGCAGCACAGAGGUUAUACCCAGUGGUGGAGUACAUGCCGAAAUCACUUCAUGCUUCCGAAAACAUGUUGCCAAAAGCUGCUCUGUACACCUUCAAAGCAGUGCGGACUCUAUUUGGGAAGCAGGACAGCACGCAGGUCAGCCUGAGUCAGUGUGAGAAGGCCAGUGGGUACCUCAGAGACAGCCUGAACUCCAGUCCGUCCAGUAACGGCAGCGUGGAUAAGGCAGUGCAGUUCCUCAUGUGCGACCUUCUAUUGGUGACCAGGACUAACAUCUGGCAGCAGCAGCAGCAGAACUCUACAGGACAGCAUCCGAGUCACGUCCACCCUGCGUCUCCCCAGGAGCUCAGGGGGUUCCAGUUAGAUCUGAGCAGUUUACGCAGAUUAGCACAAUCCUUCCGGCCCGCCAUGCGCAGGGUCUUCCUUCACGAAGCCACAGCUCGUCUCAUGGCGGGUGCCAGCCCAACACGGACACAUCAGUUGUUAGACCGGAGCCUUCGUAGGAGGGUGGCUCCAUCAAGUACAGAAGGGAUCUGUGAGGUGACUCCGCCGACCCGGGAACACGCUGAAGCUCUUCUCUUAGCUUGCCGCUAUUUACCCCCCACAUUCCUAUCUGCCCCAGGGCAAAGAGUGGGCAUGUUGGCAGAAGCUGCCCGCACCCUGGAGAAGCUCGGGGACAAACGUACGCUGCAGGACUGUCAGCAAUUUAUCCUGAGCUUAGGCAGCGGGACAGCUGUCACGUCCAGUUAGGGGGCUUCUCCUCAUAGCCCUAACAUCGCUGUGCGGACAAGAAAGAGACAUGGCCGACGACCACAGCGCUCUCCAGUAUUUGCUUGUCAAGCAUUCACUAAGAUUUAGUAAGUGGCGGCCAUGUUUAAAUGGUUGCCAAAUAUUUAUGUAUCUCCAGAUGUGGGGCGCCAUUUUACAGGCGGUUUACACACUCUUAUCCCUGUCCUUAGGUGUCGGUCAUAUACUGAGCAAACAAUAUGGCUGCCUCUAUGAUGCGUAGAGGACACGACCCCCACAGAGACAGACACACAGCGCUAGAGCAGUUUCUAUCUAUUUCUGUUCGCACAAUUUAAAGGGGCUCUCCAUCUCAUUUUCCUAUUGCAGGUCCUCUUUCUACAAGUUGAUUGCACGUGGUUCUCUGCUGGUUUCAGGGGUCUUUGUAAUCAAUUGACGUCCAUUGCUUUCACAGGGACUAAUAGAUCUGGACAAUAGAUGGGGGUUUUGACACGCGGACGCCCUGCUACAACGUCAGCAUAGCCUCAUAAAGCAAGUAACUCCUUUAAGGCACAACUCCGCCUAAAAAUGAGCUACACCGCAACAUACUGAGAAUAUACAACAGGUCAGUACAAUCAUGGUCAGUGCAGUUGAGCUCCAACUAAGCUCCGCCUACAACGGCACUGAUUGGAGAACAGGGGGGUGGAAAUAAUGCAUCAUGGGAGAAUAACACUUAUAAAAGUGGACCGAUUGUACAUUUUGAGUAUAAGAUUUUCCAGAGCUGUCGUCACCGGCACUUUAAAUAGACUUCCUGAAUGUGAAGCCAUGUCGGGAGUCCAGCAGAUGUGGCAGGGGCAGCCAUUUUGUCUGAUAUUUAUCUAAGCUUCAUUAAUAUAUACUGUGAGACAAUGAUUUUGAAACAAAAUGGCUGCCUCUGGCCCGUCAGUCAGUGAAUGACGAUCACCAUGCG